CUCCCUCUCUCUCUGUCACACACCCACACACAAACGCACUCUGCAGAGAGCGUUGUUUCGGGGCUACGUUUGGAAAAUAAGAGAUGAAAACGAGGACACAGUGUUAGGGAGUUUGCCGCUGCUCAGUUUCCGAGUCGGAGGAGUGGAGCCUUCGGAUAACAUCACCCGCAGGUUUGCCUUUAAGGUGAGGUGUGAGAGGGAGGACGGUGAGGAAGGGGAGCUAAAGGAUCCCGUUGCGUUUUGCAUACAGGCGGGGCACGCUGGGACCAGGACCUACUACUUCAGCGCAGACAGACAUGAGGACCGGGAGCAGUGGAUCAGAGCCAUGAGCCAGGCUGCAGCGGUCCCCAGUGAGCCGUCACAGAGAAUAAACCCCACAGUGGAUCCAAACCACACUAUGGUGACCAAGGCACCAAACACACACACACACAAUGAUACUGUCAGUGACCCCCCCCCACACCCUAAGGCCAACGGGGUCAACAGCCUUGAGACACCCCCACCCUCCACCCCCUGCUCCGUUCAGGAGGGAAAAAAUAAUAACGGAAGACAAGGAGAAGGUGACGAUGGAGGGGGGAGAACAGGUCCGGACCCCACCUCUCAUCCAAGGCCGCAUCCAAAUGGGUGGGGCAACAACGGCCCUCGGAACAGCAAACCCCCUCUAUCCAGGAGUCCCAUUGGACAUCAUGCCCCCCAGGGCCACCCGGAGGGGGGGGGAUGCCCCCCGCAGGACAGCAGGGAGCAGCAGGAGAACGUUGUGCUGAGGAGGGGCUUCGUGCCCAGGACGGCUCCAGAGAGAGUGGCUCAGAGGAAGAGCUCCAUGGCCCAGCUGCAGCACUGGGUCAACCAGCGAAGAGGCAUGGCCUCCGAGGAGGACCUUAACAGCCCAUCUCAUUACUACGCAGUAAACCAGGGGCUUUUGGCGGACUUCUAUGGCUACCCUGGUGGCCCCCAGUAUAUGGAGGAGUGCCCUCUUUACCCGCCAGGGGUCCGACCAGACAGUAUCUGCUCUGUUUCUGCUAUGGGGGGAUACGACCCGCGCUGGACCGUGGAGGAGAAGCGGCACUCACUGAGGGACCUACCCCAUCAGCUGUAUGGAGCCCCAAUGCAGCGGGACCAAUGGGGGCCGGCCUACUUUGGUGGAAUGGAAAAAUCCAUGAGACGUCUGUCUGUACAGCCCCGCUCCAGGUCUGUCCCCAGGUCCCCGUCCUCGUCUUGUGGGGGGCCCUACUCCCCGAUGCAGCACAGUUUUGCCUCGCCUGGCCGCUCGCCCUCCGCUCACUUCAACCGGCUCCCGGCCCGGCUGAGGGACGACGUGAUCUACGCUGACCCCUCGGUCUACAGCCUGCGGAGGUCUCUGAGCUCCCCAAAGUAUGACUACCCUGGUGAAAGGAGGUUCUUAAGCCUAGGAUUACACCACUACAACUACCCUGUAUCCCCUUCCAUCCACAAUAAAAUGGUACGUUCUGCUAAUAUGCUGUACUAAUAACUCACACACACAGUUCUGGUGCCAGGCACUGACUAGAGUAGUUAUGGCAGUUGAAUCAACAG